AUGGGUAUAAUCGCCGUGGCCGGAGGAACGGGGGAUAUUGGAAAGCUAAUUGUGAACGCUCUGCGUUCCACGGGGAAACAUUGGGUCUACUCUGUAUCAAGAAAGGUCUUGGGCCCCGAUGGCAGCCUUUACUCCCCGACUCUUGUGGCGGACUACUCCGACGAAGAUGCUCUUAAGUUGAUGCUUGAGAGCAAAUCCAUACAAACGGUUAUAUCGGCCCUGUCAGUCGAUGUUCGGGAGGCAUCGGACGCUCAAGUACGACUGAUUCGUGCGGCAGCCGCUACCAAUUGCGUCCGGCGAUUUGCCCCUUCCGAAUUCAAUGUCGAUUAUGAUUUGCCAAAUACAGUGUUGCCGUAUCCGAGCAAGGAAUUUCAUGUUAAUGCCCGUCGUGCAGUCGAGCAAACAAGACUUGAAUACACAUACUUCAUGUGUGGGAUGUUCAUGGACUACUAUGGGAUGCCUAGAGUCGAGAGUGUUUUGAAACCAACCUACUCCAUCAUUGAUCUGCACCACAACAUGGCAUACAUCCCAGGGGAUGGGCAAGCCAUCAUGGCUACAACUUUGGCCACAGAUGUAGCAAGAUACGUUGCCGCUGCUGUUGAUCUGCCGACAUGGCCAAAAUCACUGGCCAUUGCUGGUUCGCAGCUAUCUACAGCUGACUUGGUCAAGUUAGCCGAGCAGGUUAAGUACCCUGAGACUAUAAAAACAGUGGUUUACCCAAUCGAGGCCUACUUGAACCAUUCUGUUCCGCUACUCCCUAGUAAUAAUGAUAUUGUUAGUGGUUUUCCAGGGGGAGAGACUGAACUGCUGGCCUUGCUUUGCGAUCUAGAUGCAGCAAUUGCAUUAGGUGCUUAUGAUAUCGUCAAGAGAGAGGGUUGCGUAGACUUGGUGAAGCUGCUAGGCGAUUCUGUUAUUAAACCAAAAACAAUAGAAGAAUUCCUCCAUGAGGUAUGGGGAACUAAGGAAUAA